AUGACGUAUCUUUUUGUUGUUUUCGUAUUUGCUUGUUUAUGGCAAAGCCAACCUAUAAUUUCAAACACAAUUCAAGUUGUCAUCGUCCGAGAAGAAGAAGCACUCGAGAACAGCAGUUUGUUCGGAUAUGUUCCCUUGGAAAACAUCACUGUCGGCCUUAGUGUUAAUUUCACAGUCUUGAAAAGUGGAGGGGAGUCAUACAAGGGAAUGUUGGAUAAGUUUUGCAGGAUUGUAAAGAAUACUGGAGUUUCUGUGAUUAUCUCUGAAGAUACUUCUUUAUAUCCUAAACUUCUUGAUGUCUACGCAAGUUACGUGGCUAUCCCUGUCAUAAAAUUAUUUCACAGCGCCUAUGAACGGCGAGUUGUUGAGCAGGUUCGUUAACGUUAUACUUAUUAUUUUGGUGGUAAAUUUAUUUAUAAGAUUUGGUUUCGAUGGUUAUAAAAACUUGUAUAUAUAUAUAUAUAUUAAUAUAUAACAAAGUUAAAAUUCGACUUUCUUUCGAAUUUAGGUGUUUUAGUACAAUUCUCAAGCGUUUCAGAAUCUGAAUGUUAACUAAACAAUAUUUCUGUUGUUGUGUUAAUAAGUUGAAUGUUUGUUUCAGUUUAGUAAAUUUAAAACUCUAGCCUCUAGCUGCUAGCUGUUGCGGAAGGAUUUGAAAAUUUAAAUGUUUUUUCGAAUAUUUCUUCGUUUGUCCAACCAUAGAAACUGCAUUGACCAUUGUGGAAUAAAGCAAUAAUGAAAUUUCCUAUACACUUGUGUCUAAUGCAUGAACUUUUUUAAUACCGUGUAACAAAGCACUUUCUAAAUAUUCAUGGAAUGGGUGUAAAAAAUGUAGAAACGAAACGUUAGCUCAAAUGCUAUGCUAUUUUACGAUAAUUUGCUUCAUUGUUUACUGCAUGGUAUUUGUUCUGGAUAAUUAUUAUGUCGUGUUUGAAUGCGAAAAUCUUUUGUAUAUGUUUUCCAAACCAAGUUAGGAUAUUUUAUGAAACUAGCAGGGAAUAUUUUUGCCUCCUGCAUGGAAACCAUUCUGAUUUUCGCAACAAUAUUUUCUGGGUUAGGCAAACGGGAAACAAUGAAUUAGCUCUAGUUUACCAAACGAUUGAACUUUAAUUCAUGAUGGAAAAGUAUUCUUAUUUUGUAAAUGAGUAAUGCCUAAUGAGUAAUGGGUUAUUUAGACCUGCAUGUAAAAUUUUGUGUUUCUAUUUUGGCACUGAGUGUUGCAGCGUUAAACCUACAUCAUGCAGCGUAAUGAACUUUUUAACGCCUUAUAACAAAGCACUAUUUAAAUAUGCAUGGAUGUAUAAGAACUAAAUAAGUACAAUCAUGGCAAUGGGCAUAAAACGGUAGAUAAAUGGCGUCAAUAGCAUGCACUUGCAUGCUUUUGAGGCCACGGUAUUUCAUCUGUGGCAUAGAUUAUUGAUAUAAAAUAAGAAAGAAUUGUCCAAUAUGAAACCUAGAUCAUAGGCAGCCCAACAAAUAUAUGUAUUCACUUAAAAAUGCUCGGCUAAACACUUAAAAAUGCGUAUAACUAAAGUUUGUCUUACUUUGCUUGCAGAUUCGGAUAUUUACGUCAAUGUAUUGUCAUAUAGUAUUAUGUCCUAAGGCAGGCAACUUUUCUGAACAAAAACGUUUACACACACUAAUAUACGGUCGCUUGAAACAAAAAAAUUUGCGCUGAUGACCAACUAAUGAUGAUAUUCCAUCCUGACUCACGGCUGGCCCAUCUGGCAUGGCAUAGACUCAUGAUAAAUCAUAUAUAAUGAAGCCGUAACGAGGGAAGUAGAGAAGUCCCUGAUAAUACCAUUUUCGACGAUCUGGCAGACUGAAAAGUCCCGCUAUGAGUUUCUGAAGCUUCCUACUACGCUCAUGAUUUGAGGGUUACUUAUAUUAACGCAUGUAUUAAAGUUUGUUUCACAAACACUUUAAAAUCAAGUUUCUUAAUCUGUUUUCGAUAUAUUUGCAGGAACAAAGCACUGUUCUUCACCUGGACCCAGAUCCAAGUUCAAAACUUGUCAUCAUUAAUGAAAUUUUGAAAAAAUACAAGAGGAAUGACCGAGUGGUUGUAGUUUCUCAUGAAAAACAAUCAGAUUGGGCGUUUAAGAUUCUUGGAUUGUUACGUUCAACUAGCAGUUCAAUCAACGAUGUGUUUUUAAAUCUCACUAUAACGAAAAACUAUUAUGAGAUUUUAAGCAUAAUGCUAGCUUUAAAUAUAAGAACCGUUGUUCUCUCAUUGAAACAAAAUUUGGCCUUAGAUUUAAUGAGUGCAGCUGAAGAAUUUGGGUUCGUAGACAUUGAUUGUAUAUGGAUUUUAGAACAUCCUCUUGAUGGAAACAGGCGGAUACCACUCUUGGGAAAACUUCUUGGAAUACGAUUAUCUCACGAUCACUUUAACGACAAUAGGUCACAUGCUUGGCGAAACGCAUUGAUGAAAGAUUCUAUCAAAAUUCUGGAAAAGACAUUGCAAAAUAUAAGCAAUACAGAUUUUGAGAUUUCUUCGUUACCAAAAGAUUGCAGAUCUUCAAACCGUUGGCUGUUGGGAAGGUCACUCUAUAGGUAUUUAAGGGAUUAA